AUGUCUAACGAAGGUGAAGAAGAUUUAUUGGAAUACUCUGAUAACGAACAAGAAAUUCAAAUUGAUGCCAAUGCCAAUGCCACUUCCUCUGAAGCUGUUACUACUUCAGCUGAUGGUGAAGCUAAGGACGCUGACGCUGAAAAGAAGGGUUCAUACGUUGGUAUCCAUUCUACUGGUUUCAAAGAUUUCUUAUUAAAACCUGAAUUAUCUAGAGCAAUUAUUGAUUGUGGUUUCGAACAUCCUUCUGAAGUCCAACAAUCCACUAUUCCUCAAUCUAUUCACGGUACCGAUGUCUUAUGUCAAGCCAAAUCUGGUUUAGGUAAGACUGCGGUCUUCGUUUUAUCAAGUUUACAACAAUUAGACCCAGUUCCAGGUGAAGCUUCUGUUGUUGUCAUUUGUAACGCCAGAGAAUUAGCUUAUCAAAUCCGUAAUGAAUACUUGAGAUUCUCCAAAUAUAUGCCUGACGUCAAGACUGCUGUCUUCUAUGGUGGUACUCCAAUUAACAAGGACGCCGAAUUAUUGAAAAACAAAGAUACAGCUCCACAUAUCGUUGUUGCCACUCCAGGUCGUUUAAAGGCUUUGGUCAAGGACAAGCUAAUUGAUUUAUCCCACGUUAAGAACUUCAUCAUUGAUGAAUGUGAUAAAGUUUUGGAAGAAUUAGAUAUGAGAAGAGAUGUUCAAGAUAUUUUCAGAGCUACUCCAAGAGACAAACAAGUCAUGAUGUUCUCAGCUACUUUAUCUCAAGAAAUUAGACCAAUCUGUAGACGUUUCUUACAAAAUCCUUUAGAAAUUUUCGUUGAUGAUGAAGCUAAAUUAACUUUACAUGGUCUACAACAAUUUUUCAUUAAAUUAUCUGAAUCUGAUAAGAACCGUAAAUUAGCUCAAUUAUUAGAUGAUCUAGAAUUCAACCAAGUUAUCAUCUUUGUAAAAUCUACCAAGAGAGCUAAUGAACUAACCAAAUUACUAAAUGCUUCAAAUUUCCCAGCUAUCACUGUUCAUGGUAGCAUGAAACAAGAAGAACGUAUUGCCCGUUAUAAAGCCUUCAAAGAUUUUGAAAAACGUAUUUGUGUUUCUACUGAUGUUUUUGGUAGAGGUAUUGAUAUUGAACGUAUCAACUUGGCUAUCAAUUAUGAUUUAACAAACGAAGCUGAUCAAUAUUUACAUAGAGUCGGUAGAGCUGGUAGAUUCGGUACAAAGGGGUUGGCUAUCUCUUUUGUUUCUUCUACUGAAGAUGAAGAAGUUUUAGCCAAAAUCCAAGAACGUUUCGAUGUUAAAAUUGCCGAAUUCCCAGCCGAAGGUAUCGAAUCCUCUAGCUAUUUGAACAAUUAA